AUGACUUCCGACGACGACGAUGCACGCACAAGGGGCGCCUACGAUGUGACUCCAAUUGUCCAGUCGCGUUACUUCAUACUGCCUGUCUCUGCGGCGGCGGUGGGGACGAUCAUUGGAGCCGUGCGAGGGUCUCGGAUGGCGGCACUCAGGUUCCUGGCAGAAAAUGCACACCGACCGCCGACGACUAUCCGGGGAUGGUAUCUUUACAACAAAACAAAAAAUUACCGACGAAUGGCAGCAGGGCUGAAACAUGGAGGGGCAGACGCGCUGAGACUUGGGGUCGCGACAUCAGUCUGGGUGGGGAUCGAAGAUGGAUUGGAGCGAUGCGGACAUCCGUGGGCGGAAGCGAAGGAGUUUGGGGCUGGUGUGGGUACUGCCUUGGCUUUUUCGAGCGUGUAUUGGCUUGCCUGGCGGACGGCAAGGCGGACAGUGGUGCUCGGAGCUCUCGUCGGGGGAUGCAUGGGCUUACUGCGAUGGACUCGGAGCUACUUGAGAGGGACCGUCGCGAGUAAUGACUAG